AUGUUUACUCUUACCGAGGUAGCCGCCCUGAAUGACAUCCAGCCAACCUAUCGGAUCCUGAAACCAUGGUGGGACGUCUUUAUGGACUACCUGGGCGUCGUCAUGCUGAUGCUAGCCAUAUUUUCUGGAACCAUGCAGUUAACCAAAGACCAGGUGGUUUGCCUUCCUAUCCUGGAACCAGCUUCAGAGGACCCCAGCGGCUUCACAACACCGCAGCCAGCGGAGGGGUCUGGUUCUGGGUCAGGGAACGGAGGAAGUAGGGUGACGCUAGCCGCCACUCCCCUAGUGACUAAGGAUCUACCGGAUAGUGUUGUUCAUCAGAUUCACUUUACACAUUCUGGUGGUGUUGGACAGCAGCCUCUGCCAACAGGCGUCAGGACAAACCUGGACUUUCAGCAAUAUGUUUUUGUCAAUCAGAUGUGCUACCAUGUCGCCCUGCCGUGGUAUUCUAAAUACUUCCCAUACCUUGCUCUCAUACACACCAUCGUCCUCAUGGUCAGCAGUAACUUCUGGUUCAAAUAUCCAAAGACUUGUUCGAAAAUAGAGCAUUUUGUGGGGAUUCUGGGGAAGUGUUUUGAGUCUCCUUGGACGACCAAGGCAUUAUCUGAGACGGCAUGUGAGGACUCAGAGGAGAAUAAGCAAAGGCUCACUGGUGCCCCUUUCCUGCCAAAACAUUUCUCAACCAGCAGUGAAGAGGGAAGUCCUAACCAGUCCACCCCGAUGCUGGCUAAGUCUGGGGUCAAGUUCACUGCUGAUAAGCCUGUCAUUGAAGUCCCAUGCAUGACCAUACUAGACAAUAAAGAUGGAGAGCAGGCCAAGGCCCUAUUUGAAAAGGUUAGGAAAUUCCGUACUCACGUGGAAGACAGUGAUUUGAUCUACAAGCUCUACGUUGCCCAAACAGUGAUCAAAACUGUGAAGUUCAUUUUGAUCUUGUGUUACACAAUGACAUUUGUUGCUGCCAUUGACUUUGACCAUGUGUGUGAGCCUGACAUAAAACAUUUAACUGGAUACACUAAAUUCCAAUGCACACAUAACAUGGCAUUCAUGUUAAGGAAGCUGCUUGUCAGCUAUAUUUCCCUCGUCUGUAUAUACGGCCUCAUCUGUAUAUACACUCUCUUCUGGCUCUUUCGACGACCUCUCAAGGAGUACUCUUUCGAGAAAGUCAGAGAGGAGAGUAGCUUCAGUGACAUUCCUGACGUGAAGAACGACUUUGCGUUUCUCUUGCACAUGGUCGAUCAGUACGACCAGCUGUACUCUAAGCGUUUUGGUGUCUUCCUCUCUGAAGUCAGUGAGAACAAGCUGCGGGAGAUCAGCUUGAAUCACGAGUGGACAUUCGAGAAACUGAGACAGCAUGUAACCCACAACGCUCAGGACAAACUGGAGCUCCAUCUCUUCAUGCUGUCAGGUUUGCCAGACGCUGUCUUUGACCUGACAGAUCUGGAGAUCCUGAAGCUGGAGCUGAUCCCAGAGGCCAGGAUAACAGCCAAGAUCUCCCAGAUGAUCAACAUUCAGGAGCUACACUUCUACCACUGUCCUGCCAAAGUCGAGCAGACCGCGUUCAGUUUCCUUCGUGACCACCUCCGGUGCCUUCAUGUCAAGUUUACGGAUGUAGCCGAGAUCCCCACUUGGGUGUACCUGUUGAAAAGUCUGAGGGAGCUGUACUUGGUCGGGAAUCUGAAUUCUGAAAACAACAAGAUGAUCGGUUUAGAAUCUCUCAGAGACCUGAGGCAUCUAAAGAUUCUGCAUCUAAAAAGCAAUUUGACGAAGGUCCCGACCAACAUAACAGAUCUCUCUCCACACCUGAUCAAGCUGGUGGUACACAAUGAUGGUACUAAACUCCUGGUACUGAACAGUUUGAAGAAAAUGAUGAACCUAGCUGAACUAGAGCUUCACAACUGUGAACUGGAGAGGAUACCCCAUGCUAUUUUCAGUUUGACCAACCUGCAGGAGCUGGACCUGAAAUCCAACAACAUUCGUACCAUUGAGGAGGUCAUCAGCUUCCAGCACCUCAAGAGGCUGAUCUGCCUCAAACUGUGGCACAAUAAAAUCAUUACCAUUCCAUUGUCAAUAAGCCAUGUCAAAAACCUUGAGUCCCUCUACCUUUCUCACAAUAAACUUGAAUCUCUGCCCGUACCCUUGUUUAACCUGCUCAAGCUGAGGUAUCUGGACAUUAGCCACAACUCCAUAGCGGUGAUUCCGCUGGAGAUUGGUUUUAUGCAGAACCUCCAGCACUUUGCCAUUACAGGCAACAAGGUGGAGGUAGUACCCAAGCAGCUGUUUAAGUGCACCAAACUGAGGACACUAAGUCUGGGACACAAUUGUAUCGCCGUCCUUCCAGAGAAGAUUGGCAAUCUGGUGCAGCUAACAAACCUGGAGCUGAAGGGAAACUGUCUGGACCGCCUGCCGCCCCAGCUAGGCCAGUGUCACCUCCUCCACAGGAACUGCCUGUUGGUGGAGGACCACCUGUUUGACUCACUCCCCCUAGAGAUCAAGGAGAGUAUCAAUCAGGAAGCCAACGUGCCCUUUGCUAAUGGGGUGUGAGUGUGGCAGGACAGUGAGAGUCACUUUACCCAUACAGGAGUGGGAUUACAAAAAUGAGACAACUGUCCACAGUCAAUGUUUGUAAUUAAAACAAUUGAACUGAAAGAAAGGUUUUUGCUCAGGGCUGACUCGUCGUGAAAGAACAUUAUGUUUUAGACGGGUAUAAAAUGGCACUGUGAUCACUCAUUAUGAAAGAAGAUCCCAGGUACUGUGGAAAAAGCCAUAAGUAUGGUCUAGUUAAAAAAUGGUAGGUUAGUUCCACAGUUAUGGGCUGGUUCCAUAGUGAUGGUCUGGUUCAAGAGUGAUGGUCUGGUUCAAGAGUGAUGGUCUGGUUCAAGAGUGAUGGUCUGGUUCAAGAGUGAUGGUCUGGUUCAAAAGUGAUUGGGUGGUUCAAGAGUGAUUGGGUGGUUCAAGAGUGAUUGGGUGGUUCCAGAGUGAUUGGGUGGUUCCAGAGUGAUGGGCUAGUUCCAGAAUGAUGGACUGGGGUGUAAUCAUUAGUCCAAACAGUUGCAAAACAGAAUAUUUUGCAACUAAAACUAGUGUUUCUAUUGGACAAUUCAUGUAGGUCCUUCCCCAUUUCAUUCCAUUUGCUUCUGUUUAAGAAAUGUUUUGCAACAGAAUCGGCGUAAUGACUACAUCCCUGGUUCCAGAAUGAGGGUCUGGUUCCAGAGUGACGGCUAGUUCUAGAAUGACGACCAUGUUUGUGUUAGACCACAAAAUUAUUAUUCAAUGUUCUGAGGAAAAUGGAUGCUCCUCUUAAUUAUGGAACAGAGAAUGGUGGUGUAGAAUUUAUAGAUGCGAGGGGUACAUGGUCUGAUGAGAUUUUAUGUUUGUUUUCUUUGUUUUAUAGCAACAUUUUAUGGAACAUUUUUUUGCGUGUCAAAAAAGAUACACGUCAAAUAACACUAUUUGUCGUGUCAAAUAAGCUUGUUGACCAAUCAGGACCUGAAUAUGACUGCACGUCACAUAAUCAUUUAACGUGUUCAUAAUUUGUUUUACGUAGUUAUUACACAUUGAUUACACUCACUCGUAUUUCAUAUGUCACAACGAUUCAUCGAUACGUAUGCUAUGACACUAGUACAGUGCUGGUCAUAAAAAAGCUAGCUAGCUCAUGGAUGCAAACAAUGUCUUCCCCAAAAACAUAGCAAAACGACAUAAUCUGUUUCAGUAGCUAUAGUUAGCUAGCUAACUAUAUAGCUAGGUAUCAUCAUCUAAAAUAACCCUAAUUUACAAGACAGUUCUUAUUUGAUUAAUGGUGGUCGGACCCAUCUAUGUGAAGCUAGCCACAAUAAGGAUUAGCCACAAUAGUGGACUUUGCAGUUAGCCUUCAAAAUAAAAGUAUGUCAAUGACAGUGUUGCAAAUGAAUACAAAUUGUAGAAUUAUGCCAUAAUUGAAUAGAUCAUGAUAAACGAGUUUGGAAUGGUAUAUAAAAUCAACAAAAUACAAUAAUUUGUUAAUUUGACAAAACAAAAUUGAAAUCACACUGGAUGUAUUAGACUUUAGAAUUUCAUUGGGGCAUACUUAUUUCACUGUACAGCCUUACCUAAGGAUUGUGGAUCAAUGACAUGGGGUAUCAGUCUACUCAGUGACACACAGAGAACAUUAGCAUCGUAGCUCUUAUUGUGGGACUCUGAAACUGUGAAUUGAGACACAUUUAUUGUCAACCUAUGUGUAUUGAACACUAUUCCAGAGGAAAAAUAAUACUGUGUGGAUGUUUGAGCCUGAUAACUCUGAGGAGGACGUUGGGGAAAAAAUGUAUUGAGUAGACUGAUACCCCAUUUCAUUGAUCCCCAAUCCUUAGGUAAAGCUGUACAGUGCAAUAUGAAUGUCAAUACACACAAUAGGCUGACUAGGGAGGUGAUUUCACACAGUCACACUCCUGCGAUAAGAGCUACAACACUAAUACUUGCGUAAACUCUUCACAGUUGUGUUCUAUGGGUGUCACCGAGUAGACUGAUACCCCAUUUAAUUGCUUCACAUUCCAGCCUUGUUUAACAUGAUCUAGUCUAAAUAUGGCAUGAUUCCUCCAAUUGCAACCUUCUGCAUCACUUUCAAAUAGGUACUUUUAUUUUGGAGGCAAAUCGCAAAUUCCACAAUUGUGCCUAAUCCUUAUUGAGGCUAGCUUCACAACACAUAACCCGGUCAGGUCGAGCCUAAUGAAGCUAGCUGGCUGCUUACAACGUUAGCUUUUGGCAACAGGGUUUAGUAGCUGGCUAGCUAUUUAUUUACAUGAACUUAAGUUCAGUUGUAAUAGGUGAACAACACGUGGCUACCUAGCUAAUAAUUACUCUAAUAAUUACUCUUACAAUCUCUCUCCACCAGGUGUAGCACUUCUAUCAUCGUUUAAAAACAAGAAAUGGACAGUGACGGGGGUAAGGGGGUGAUACCUUGUCAUUUUUUGCCCCAUCAUUGCAUGCGAUCAUCAUUCUCAAAGCCGCUGUUAACUUCUAAGAUCACUUUAGCACCGCCCUAAAAACACGAUUCAAAUUCGACACAAACCUUCAAAUAGGUAUUUAAUGACACACUAUAUGAAGUCUUUAUAGUGUUUUAUUUACAUUUUAGAGGCGAUAAGGUGAUAAGUUGGACAGAUCGAGUGAAAAAAAGCAAUUUUCCCACACAUCUCUCCUUCUCACUAUCACGCAUUAGUUUCGCUUCCCCACCCGCCAUUUUUAAAAAGAUCUGACGGGGCUCAUUGUCUUCUUGAAUUAUGCAGAAACGGGCAGCGUGGGGGUCAUGUAAUUGAUUCUGUUGGAAAGGGGAGAAAUUGUGCUUUACAAUGGUAUUGACAUUACAGUUGAUCUGGAAGUAUUACUUUUUUGGGGCGCUAAAAUAAGGUCAAUUGUACGGACUAGGGCGAUGUACAAAAGUGAGUGAGUUUACGUUACCAAGCUAAAGCUAGCCAGCUACCCCAGAAGUUGCGGUCCAACACAACAUUCUACAAUUAAACUGUGUUAUUUGACAUGUCAAAUUUAAAAGCUUAUUUAACGUGUCAAAUAGUGUUAUUUGACGUGUAUCUUUUUUGACACACAAAGACCCAAACGGUGUUCCAUAACAUUUCUCUACGUUUUACCUGAAUCCAGGAAAGUCCAUAUCAUGGCUGUCUGAUGGAAACCUCUCAUAAUUGUAUGUUCGUUAUUGGGUAAAUAGGGUCAUUUUUUUCUAUUCCCUGAAAAGUGUGUUUGAAGAUAAAACUUCAUAAGCUAUUUUGAAUACAUUGUUUUGUCAUGAAAUGUUCAGAGUACAUUGAGGGGAGGUAAUGCUUUCAGUAAAUGUACAAAAAAAAUUAAAACAUUCAAAAAUGUUAAAGUUUUCAUCAGACAGCAACUAUAUGUGGCAGUUUCGGGAGUCCUCUCUCGAUUUUUACUUUGGUCUUUUGUUAUGUAUAUUUCAUUCAGUAUAUUACCUGCAGCUGUGUGAAAGGAACCACUAAACUCUCCGACAAAUUUGACAACCCAGUCAACAAGCCUGCCUAUGCCCCUAUUGUGGUAGUACUGUACUGUCAGAACCACACGGAACAAACUGAAGAAUCCAUCAACAAGGAUGAUUAAAAAACACUAUUGCAGGGUUUCCCAAACUCGGUCCUCGGGACCCCAAGGGGUUCACGUUUGUUUUUUUGCACUAGCACUACACAGCUGAUUCAAAUAAUCAACUAAUCAUCAAGCUUUGAUAAUUUGAUUUGGCUGUGUAGUGUUAGGGCAAAAAAGAAAAUGUGCACCCUUGAUAUGACAACUCCUAUGCAUAAUUGGUGUGCUAUAAUAUGGUCUUGGCUGCUAACUAAAUGACUGUGCAUGUAUAUGUUUACUAUCCUAGUCUUUUGCUCAUAAAUGUGUCAGUAAAGUAUUUAACUGUUUUCAGCAGACAUGUUCGUAACCCUAUGACGCAUUCAUACUCAAAUAAAACCAUGUCCCGAAUGUCUAGUGAUUUCACAAUAUGUUUCAAGCAUUUGAACUAGCCAACAACCACUGAUAUGGUUGUAGGCUACCAGCAUGUGAUGCAGGCCAUGCCAGGUCAGGUUGAAUUGUUUUGCACCUUUCAAUCAGUCAAAAGUUUCUUAUUUUCUUGCAUUCCAUUGGUGGUGCACAUUUAGUUAUACGGCACAUAUCUUUUCCAUGAAUUUGGGAUUCAGACCUGCAGAUAUCUCCUAAUGCAUUUGGGUUGUUAUACACAACAGAUGCGGUUAAAUAUGGAUUCACCUCAACAUAAUACCACUUUUUUGUUGCAUGGUAUCAUCUGACAAACGUAGAUAUUUGGGUGAACGUUCCCUUUAAUUUGAGUCUCGUGUAGUUAAACUAUUUUGAAUGUUAAGGUAUGACAAUUGCAACUCAAUAAAGGAAUUGCGAAGCAAAUCAACGGUGUCCAGUCUUGCAUGGAUUUGAUGACAAGCUCAUGGAUUUAUGAGUAGUAGAUUGCACUUGCAAAGAAUAGAUUUAAAUUUUUGGAGCCCAAAAUCAAAAUGUAUCACUUUGGUCUCAGAAACAAUCACAAUGUGGACCAUCGAAAGAUUAGAAUGAUAGAAUAUUAGCAUGUACAGUACCAGUCAAAAGUUUGGACACACCUACUCAUUCAAGGGUUUUUCUUAUUUGGACUAUUUUCUACAUUGUAGAAUAAUAGUGAAGACAUCAAAACUAUGAAAUAACACAUGGUAUCAUGUAGUAACCAAAAAAGUGUUAAACAAAUCAAAAUAUAUUUUAGAUUUGUCAAAGUAGCCAGUAUUUGCCUUGAUGACAGCUUCGCAUACGCUUGGCUUUCUCAACCAGCUUCACCUGGAAUGCUUUUCCAACAGUCUUGAAGGAGUUCCCACAUAUGCUGAGCACUUGUUGGCUGCUUUUCCUUGACUCUGCAGUCCACUUCAUACCAAGCCAUAUCAAUUGGGUUGAGGUUGGGUGAUUGUGGAGGCCAGGUCAUCUGAUAAAGCACUCCCAUCACUCUUCUUCUUGGUCAAAUAGCCCUUACACAGCCAGGAGGUGUGUUGGGUCACUGUCCUGUUGAAAAACAUAUGAUAGUCCCACUAAGCGCAAACCAGAUGGGAUGGCGUAUCGCUGCAGAAUUCUGUGGUAGCCAUGCUGAUUAAGUGUGCCUUGAAUUCUAAGUUAAUCACUGACCGUGUCACCAGCAAAGCACCCCCAUACCGUCACACCUCCUCCUCAAUGCUUCAUGGUGGGAACCACACAUGCGGAGAUCAUCCGUUCACCUACUCUGCGUCUUACACAGACAUUGCUCAUGUUUCUUGGCCCAAGCAAGUCUCUUCUUCUUAUUGGUGUUCUUUAGUAGUGGUUUCUUUGCAGCAAUCCGACCAUGAAGGCCUGAUUCACACAGUCUCCUCUGAACAGUUGAUGUUGAGCUGUGUCUGCUACUUGAACUCUGUGAAGCAUUUAUUUGGGCUGCAAUUUCUGAGGCUGGUAACUCGAAUGAACUUAUCCUCUGCAGCAGAGAUAACUCUGGGUCUUCCUUUCCCGUGGCGUCCUCAUGAGAGCCAGUUUCAUAGCGUUUGAUGGUUUUUGCGACUGCACUUGAAGAAACUUUCAAAGUUCUUGAAAUUUUACAGAUAGACUAACCUUCAUGUCUUAAAGUAAUGAUGGACUGUCGUUUCUCUUUGCUUAUUUGAGCUGUUCUUGCCAUAAUAUGCACUCGGUCUUUUACCAGGGCUAUAAUCUGAAUACCACGCCUACCUUGUCACAACUUAUUUCAUAGUUUUGAUCUAUUAACUAUUAUUCUACAAGGUAGAAAAUAGUACAAAUAAAUAAAAACCCGUGAAUGAGUAGGCGUGUCCAAACUUUUGACAGGUACUGUACAUAUUUGAUGCAUUAUUGAUGAACUGCAUUUUAAUAGUGUUAAUAUGGAAUAAUGUGAUGACAUUACCAUUUCCAAAUGUUUACUAUAUUCUCUCCAUGAUUGUGUUUUGAAACUUGUUUGAGAGAAAUGUUUGUUCCUUGUUUUAUAUUGUAUACAUUUGUAGUACAUGUUUUUACCAAGGUAUUGAUAUUUAAAAUCAUGAGAAUAAUGUCUAACCAGAAGGUUAGUAUGAGGGAUACAGGUGAUUCAUUGUUGUAAUGGCCUUCAGCAACCAUCUCUAGUCAAAGCUUGAUUUCUGACUUGUAAUGUUUGACAAUCCGUAAAUUAGGUGUGCUUGUCUGUGUAUGUUGCGUGUGUUUUUUUGUGUGUGUGUGUGUGUGUGUGUGUGUGUGUGGCAGGGAAUGAUUACUUGAUUAAGUUCCAAUAAAAAAUAAUAUGCAUUGUUUUGUAAACAACAGAAAUAAUAAUGGGGUCUCAUAUGAAGCCAUUGUGCUUUUAUUUUUUUGUUUAGUAUUCUAUAGUUUUAAAAAGGGAGUAUUUCCACAGUUGCUGAAAAACAACAACUGCAUUUUAGUUUUUUAAAAUUAUUAUUUUAAGCAUUUGAAUAGAAUAUUUGGUCUUUUAACCAUCUGAUAUUCUAAUGUAUCUCUUCUAUAUCUGUUAAACCAACAGAAGCUACAUUUGAGUCCACUUACACCACCACCAAAAAUACAUUAGUUACAACUACAUACUUCCUUCCUAACAGAUCAUUCCAGGUUAUGCAAUCCUGUUUGUGUUGACAACUGUCAUUGUGUAAUAUUAUUAUUACACUGUGUACCUGACAAUGAUUAAUGCCAUUAGGAUAGACGAUAACAAUGUAAUCCCUGCACCACUCUCAAACCACUCCUAAUCAAAUUCCUCCUGGUUAGGCCUACCUGUCAAUUUAAUUUUCAGAUCAUUA